GCGCGUCAGCGACCGGGUCGGCGGGUUAGUCUGCAGGUUCGGGUCGUGCUGGCGCCGUUGGGCCCGGUGUGGUGCCAGGGCCUUGUGCGGCUCUCACGCUCGCUGGGAAACUGAGCAUUGCUGUCUCUGAAAAAUGAAUCUCAGUAUGAAGCAGAAACAGGAGGGAGCCCAAGAGAAUGUGAAGAAUAGUCCUGUCCCAAGGAGGACGCUGAAGAUGAUCCAGCCUUCUGCAGAUGGAUCUCUUGUUGGCAGAGAAAAUGAGUUGCCAAAAGGCUUGUCUAAAAGGAAGCUUUGGGAUGACCAGUUAACAUCUAAGACUUCAAGCUGUGGUCCAGAAGCUAAUGAAAAUAAGGAUGUUGGAGACCUCACCCAGGAAGCCUUUGAUCUUAUAAGUAAAGAAAACCCAUCUUCUCAGUAUUGGAAAGAAGUGGCAGAACAGCGGAGGAAAGCUCUCUAUGAAGCACUGAAAGAGAAUGAGAAACUUCAUAAAGAAAUUGAACAGAAGGACAGUGAAAUUGCCCGCCUGAAAAAGGAGAAUAAAGACUUGGCAGAAGUAGCUGAGCACGUGCAGUACAUGGCUGAGGUAAUCGAGAGGCUGAGUAACGAACCUCUGGGUAACUUUGAGUCACCGGAUAGUCAGGAAUUUGAUUCUGAAGAAGAAACUGAGUAUUCAGAACUGGAAGACUCAGGAGCCGGAACGUGUGCUGAAGGGACUGUGUCUUCCUCCACGGAUGCCAGGCCGUGUACGUGAGGUGUAGGGCGCACUGCCAGUGUUGCCUUUUGGUAUAGCUCUUGGUAAACUACACGAUGCGAGUGCUGGAAGCCAGGUUUGAAUCCUGGGGCUAUUACUAUGUUAAAAUACAGAUAGUGUGUAUUUUUAACCCGUUUUAUGUAAAUAGCAUUUUCAUUUUUGUCAGUGUCAGACGUAAACUGUAUAUUAAAUAAACUUCAAUUUCCUGUUGAACAUUGUA